AAAAAUAAAAUCGGUCAAGUAAAAGUAGUUGAGAAAUUAUUUAUCGCCCAUCGGAAGUAUAUCUGAACUAUCAUGACCUCACAUUUAAAGCAGCUACUAUUUCCGAAAAUCACUUUAGGUCUUAUUAUUGCUUUAUCGUCAGUCGUAAUGUCUCUAUGGGUUGGUGAUAUGGGAUUUUGGUUGGCUACAUGGGGUGCUGGUGUCUUUGUAAUCAAAGGAGGCGAUACGAUCGUCAGUUGCGCUGGUUCAGAAGCGGAAUCAUUGAGGUGUUUAGUGGAUGCUUCAACUACAGUUCUGAGUGGUGCUGCAAUUAUUCUUGGGGGACAUAGCCAAGGUUGGUUCAACAGGUAGUACCGAUAUGUUUAAGUACGCCCACAUAAACACGUCAGUUUGCCUUAUUGCAGAUCUUCACUAUCUUGGUCUUGCUUUCGUCGUUUACCUGCUAAACUCCCGGAACAAUUAGGAGAUAUUCUCAUUUU